UAAAGAUUGAUGAAAUCAUGGAUCCAUAUGCCAAGGCUCAGGGCAAUCGAGUGAAGCCAAGGAUAUCUGUGAAAAAGACUUUUGGUGAAGGUGUACUGCACUCUAUGAAGUCCCUGUUGCAGAGCAGAAAGGAAUUAUGCAGUGUAUCAGCAGAAGAGUGUUUAAAUCAGGAAGAACAAGCUAAUUUUCUUGAGAUUACAUUUAUAGGCUUUGUUGAAGAGAUUGGAACUGCUCAUUUGAAGGAAUUGACAGCUAUUUCUGGAGAGCUUCCAGAUGUCCUGAAAUCACUCCAGUUGUGCAAACUAAAAGAAAAUGAAGUUAUAUUUCUAAAAGAUAUAAAGAAAACCAUCAUGAAACAUGAAACAUGUAUCAUGAAACAUCAGAAUCAGCUUCCUGAAGUGCUUUGUGUGAUGAGGUUGUCUCCUUCAUUCCCAAGGAUCAAAGCUGAUUAUGUAUUUACCUUGCUGAGUAAAUAUACUACAGGUGUAAGAUACGCAGUGGAAAUAAACUCAUUGCAAAAACAUCAAACAGAGACAUCCCAUGCAGAAGAUGAUGAUACUAAUCAGUCGGUUUCUUCAAUUGAGGAUGAUUUUGUCACUGCUUUUGAACAUUUAGAUGAAGAUGAGCCUUCAAAGAUGCAGACUGGUGGGGCAAGCAGCUUUAGUUCUCGAAAUCAUCGAGAUGUUGCUUCACAGACCAUCCCCACCCAAUGUUUGGAAGCUGUUGACUCAAAAAUCCUUGUGGGUUCAGUGCAUCGGAAGUCAUCUGCUAGAUCUUCUACUUUGGUUGAUAUUUUGGGACUAAAGGAACUGUCCUCAGUGAAAAAUUCAGUUACAACAUCAAUUUCUGAUCCUUGGAUACAACGGAGUUUCUAUAAGCCCUAUAAUCCCUCUGAUCAAGGCGUUAAUUUUUUACGUAAAACGUUAUUUUCCUCCUCUCCCGCAGAAUCCUCUGAGUCAGAUUGCUCCAGCCCAAGCCCUAUUAUCUUCUUAGAUGAAGAAGGGUAUCAGAAAAGUUUGAAGGCAAAACUUCAACUGCCAAAAAUUCCAGUAGUGAAAGACGGCAUAGAAGAUUCAGACUCAGAAGUUAGUGAGUUUUUUGAUAGUUUUGAUCAAUUUGAUGAACUGGAGCAAGCCCUGGAAAACACUUGUAAAGUUAUUAGGGAUCCAGUCCAAGGAAAUCCUCCUCUGAAAAGAAGGACUGCUCAUAAGCAUCUGUGUUCUGGAAACGUAGCAAUGAAUCCUCAAAAUUUCAAGUUUGAUCGUCCCACCCUUCCAGCCAAUGUAAGGAAGCCAACUCCUCGUAAACCAGAAUCUCCCUACAGCAGCAUCUUUGAGGUUCCAGAUUCUCCUCGCCCGGUUAAAACGUCAGGGGAAGAGAAUGGGGCUUUGUUCAGCCCUAUAAGAUCCUCAGCUUUCAGUCCACUAGGGAGCUGUGGUUCUUCUGAAUGUUUCUGUCGGAUGAACUUGAGUGGAGAUGGAACAGGGCAAAGCCACCCUGAUGCACUCUAUGAUACUUACUCAGAAUACGCUGAUAGUUUUUCAUUUGAAAUACUGGGUUCUGUUUUUCAUUCCGAUUCUUCCUCGGAACACGUAUGUGUAGAAAAGGAGUCCAAACAAAGCAGAAUUGCUUCGAAAGGAGAGAAAGGUCAAACUACAGAUCCCAGAAUGAAAACUGGCAAGGAACCAAAUAAGCCAGCUCAAUCGAAAAACAAGUCAUUAAUGAUCAAAGAUAGCAUUCAAAAAUUCGCAACCGAAUUGGUUGAAAAAAGUUUUGGCAACGCUUUUAAAGACUUGCAGAAAGGUGUUUCCUCAUGCACCAGUGCGCUCUGCCAUUUGGCUGCCAGGUUGACUUCUUCAGUCUUUCAGAUGGCAUUUUAUGAGAUCGGAAGGCGGCGGGCGCUUUCCUUGAAGGAACACGCCAUUAACGGGCUGGCAGGCUUUCUGGUGAGCGAAGCUCUAACUGGGGCUUUGAAAGAGCUUCGGCAGGUAAAGAAACAAAUAUUUACCAACACAGUUGCGCGGUUUGCAGCAGAGCUCGCCGAAGAGCUUGUCUUUGAAGGAAUCAUGGAAGUGUGCCAGUUUUCCUAUCCAUCAACGCCUACAACUGCACAGACUUCAUCGUUUGAUUUUGAAGAUAAAGUGGUAAGAUCUUAUGCCAGAGACUUGUCCGAGUCUGUGAUUCAAGAGGCUUUUAUUGAACUGUCUCAGGUUGACGUGACCUUCACAACACAAGCGGCCAUUAGUGUUUCCAUGGACAACAUUAAAUACGUGAGUGCAGAAAGUACCUUACAGUCAACACAGACUUCCACAGCUUUUCCAAGCUGUAAUGACAGAGCAGCAGUAAAUCCCACAGAUUCCAGGAAAGAAUAUACAGUGCAGCAAGCUUUAUUUUGUACCUCUGGUGUUGUAAGUUCAAUACCUGUGCCCUUAGCUGGAAGAGCUCUUUGUCAAAAUCAGAUGUCCUCUGAUGUUUAUAGAGCAAAAACACAAGCUACUUCAAACUCUGAUGACAGUAUGAAAGUGUACAAAGACUCUACUCAUCCACUUUGUACAACUAGAAGAAAAGAGGAGGAAAUUGCUUCUUUCAGAAAUAUAUAUCUAACAUCAGACCCCAAUCAAAGUACUGAAGAAAAUCCACCACUUUUACAUAACCAAAAUGAUACCAAACAAGUAAAUGACAGAUCUGGAAUGAAUAAUAAUUUAGAAUUAACAAGCGGGCCAAAAAGCAUCAGUAGUUUCUCUGGAACGAUGGUAGAUAUGAUUGUAAAUGAAGCCUAUGAAGCCAUAACUUCAUCCAGGGUCACAAAAGCAGUGGGAGAAUACAAAGGGCUUUUAACAAGAAAAGUAGUAGAGAAAAAACCUUACUUGCAAUGUAUUGGUGAAGACUUUCCCAAGAACAUGUUUGCAGACCACUUGGCCAAGUAUAUCAUAAAACAGUCCGUGGAUGAAAGCAGCAGUGUGGUUCCCACCACCUCUGAUUAUUUAGUAUAUAAUUUGGGCUCACAGACACAUGCAGAUAACAAUAGAAAAGAACCAAGUAGUGUGGUAAUGAAGCAGGAGGCUGAGAAGCAAAAUAACAUUCCUAUAGUUUUUGGGCAGCAACAGAUGCCUCUGAAUAAUCCAUCUAAAUCUCUUCUUAUUCCAGCUCAUUCUGUUCAGUGUUCUUCAGAAUCUAAAGACAGUUGGCAGGAGCAAAGAGGGCGGAGGUUUCUUUCAAGUUCACCCCCACGUUGUUCCUCUGUGGCUUUUUCUAAGCAGGUUCUAGAAGACUUCACUGACACAGGAAGCUGCUCAGUAAAAUACUUAAAUAAGCCCUCAAAAAAGCCAGACACUCAGAUAUCAUCAGGCUCUGUGACUUGCAGGCAGGAUGAUUGUUGUCUCCACUCCAGCAACUUUCCAGUUAUGUUUGGUGCUGAAGAAGCUUUGCAGAUGGAAGAUAAAUCAGCUAUCAAGGAUGGAAGUACCAGUGCAAUGCCUGGUACCCCCCCACCAACACCCUUAGUACCAUGUCAAGCUAGUUCUGAAAAGAACCUGAGGAAGUUAUCCAAGAAACUCAAGGGAGAAUUAGCUAAGGAAUUUGCACCUGCAACACCACCUUCUACUCCAUACAAUCCAUCUGUGAGUGGCUUGUCUGAAACGGAGAUUGAUCCCCUGGAAAAAGAAGAGUUUAUGCUGAAACUCAUGCGGUCGCUUUCCGAAGAAGUGGAGAGUAGCGAAGAUGAAGACUGUUCGGAGAUGCCAGUUGAGAAAGAGGAACAUCCAGCAAAAACAGUACAGUAUGCAGAUCACUUGGCUAGUCACAUAAUUUCGAUGGCGACUGAAAUGGCUGCUUCCCAAUUAGAUGAUAAAACGAAUGAAGGUGAAGCCAAUAAAAAAGCAAAUAUGCCAAACAAAAGAUCUGGCUCUGCUGCAUUUGUAGAUAUUCCAGAAGAGACCUGCAAUUCUCUGUGGAAUUACGCAGGUGAUAUGGCAGGGAAAGUCAUCAACGAGGCCAAGAAAAUGGUGAAAUCCAGGAACUGCAAAUUGCUGAGGCUGAAGCGGGUGAACUGCCAACUGGAUUGCCUUCAUCUGAGAAGAGGAGAUAAGGGUGACAGUUCAAGAGAACGGUGGGCACCAGGGCAGGAGCACUGGUCAGGGGAGAGGGAUUCUUCUGUGUUUCCUCUACCACAAACUCUGGGCAUGAUGGGCUUGACUUCCAAAUACCCAAGCUGUGAGAGUGUGACCGAGGAGUAUGCAGAUCAUAUAAUUCGAGUGUUGAGAAGAGAAGGAGGCAAUGCCGAGUUGCUAGUGGAUCAGUAUGCCAGCAGGCUUGUUUACAGGUCCAUAAAGUCGGGCCUGCAGCAGGCUGCUAGGAAAACUAAACUGAGGUACAGCAGAAAGAUACUGCCUGGGCAAAACGCGGAGGUAAAUGGUAGGUUGGAGCUCUUCAAAAUAAUGAAUAAAGAUCCACUACAGCAAGCAAAAAGCUGCGCUCGUGCCUGCGAAGAGCACACGUGCAGAAGGGGCGGCCGCGCGCAGAGCGCGGAGCGCACGGAGCUGUUGCACUUUUCCGAGUCCCUUGCGCAGAGCAUAACUUGGGAUGUCAGGAGGAAACUGAGAAUGUCGGGAACGUGCUUGCCGAAAUCUUUAACAGAUUCCUGCCUCUAUAAAAAGACUGAAUUGGAUGAAAUCCCAGGGGACCUUGUUAAAACAACACUUUCUAGGACAUUUCUUCCCUUCUCCCCAAAGCAGAAGCUGUACCAUAGCACGGGCAGCUUAAAUGAGAAUGGCUACAGUGAGGGCAUAAUUCAAGCUAUAGAACAAUAUGCUAGGAAAGUAGCAGAUGAUACUCUAGAAAUGAGUUUAGAAUCUGCUGUUCUCCGGGCAGCUGAACACAGGAAAAACGGGGAUAGGCUCUCAUACACCGAGCAGCUGUCGCCCUUUUCCGGAUCCGUCUGCAGAUGCUGCAGUAUGAAGGAACAUCAGUACUGUGCAGAAAACGCAUCCCACCUGCCUGCCCAAGAGCCCUCCCAUGCAGCGAGGCAUUUCCCCCCUUCUAGGGUGGGCGGUGUCUGCCAAAAAUCCAAAAUGUUUCCCCUUGAUAUUCCUAAAAUUCAUAUUGACGUAGAGCAGAAGGCAGUGCUUUCUGACAAGGUGGUUGCUGCAGCAGUUGAGAAAGCAGAGAGAGAACUGAGUACCACGAGCCUGGCGGCUGACAGUGGCAUUGGGCACGACGGAGUCAGUUUUGCCGAGAGCCUUACUACUGAGAUAAUGACAGCAGCUAUGACUAAUAUUGGUCAGGCAGAUAACGUAAGCUCUACAGGAAGAGAAGGAUUUCACUCAGUUGAGUCUAUUGUUAGCCAGCAGAUGAAUCUGAGCAUUGGUGAUGAUAGCACUGGCAGCUGGUCCAAUCUAAGCUUUGAAGAUGAACAUCCUGAUGAGAGCAGCAGUUUUCUUCAUCUCAGUGACAGUUCAGCUGUGUUCUCUUCUUCUCCUGGCAGUAAUGGUAACAGCAGUAGCUGGAGCAGUCUUGGUUUAGAAGGGGAUUUGUAUGAGGAGAAUUUAUCCUUUCCAACAUCAGACAGUAGUGAUGGAACAGAAGACAAAGAGGAAGACUCCAAGGAUGCUGUAGAAGGUGUGGAGCAAGCAAGAUGGACAUUAGCAAUCAUGAAUGUUGAUCUGGAACCAAAUAUAGUGGAUCCCCAGCUCAGAGCAGCGCUCCAGUGGCUGGCGGCUUCUGAAACAGAGGUGGCUGCCCUUCAUUUCUAUGACACUGCUGCAAGGGAAUUUGCCUUUCUUUCCAGAAGACUGCGAGAAAGAGAUUGGAAAGUGGGAGAUCUCUUGCAGGCAGUGCUGAAGUACUGCGAAAUAAUGGAGAAGGCAUCUGACAGGGAACAAAUCCUAAAUAAGUCUUUGGUUGGUUGGCUUCUGGAAAACGUCUGAAAAAAAUCCAAAGAUGCAACAUUCUUUGCUUCAUUCCCCUUUUAAAAGACAACAACACGGAUAUGUAAUGUAAAACCUAGCUGAUGAAUGUUGUAGUAAUUGUCAGCAUUUAAAAGGCUUUGAGGUGAAAGUCCAAAUAGCUGUGCUGUGCUUUGUGAUGCUGUGUACAUGAUGUGUUUAUCCAGUCCAAAAUGUGUGUUGUCCACGCACUCAUCACUUGUAUUUACUGCUGUGUCCAGACCAUUGAAAUAGUUUAUGAAGAUCUACCUUGUCUGUGCAAGUAGCUGGGAGAUGACACCGUGAUAUUCAGGCUUUCCUCUGUGCCGGGGUAGCUCUCUUUCCUCCUUUGAGCUGUGCUUAAAUUCACAGUAGCACUAACACAGGGAGCUCUUGCUGCAGACCCUGAAGAAAUUCUUGUUGUUUGCCCAUGGGCAGCAUUGGCAGCAGGAAACCUGGACAGGCCCAAGGAGCCUGUCGUAGUCGCUCCAUAGUUGCCUUUGUCAAGUUUAACUUGGCCUGAUUCUGCACUGAAAUCACUGAGGCUGAAAUGUGUUUUCCCUUCUGUUGACUGCUGUGGAGGGAUGACUGCUGGCAGCAGGGCAGAAUGGGUAGCUGGUGGUAGCCUCCUCAUCUGGCUUCAGCAAGGUUUGCCAGGGCUUGCCUAUGGAGUUAAAAUGGCUUUUUCUUUUUCCCUUACUAAAGCUUUUUGCGUAUAAGUAUUUCUAUGACAUUAAUUUUGUGUCCGAAAAAUGUGUGUGUUUGUCUCACACAAAUGUUAAAAGUAGCAAACAGCUUUUUCUUGAGAAUAUUCACCAUCUUCUGACCUAUCUGCUUGUUUAUGUUUGCCUCCGUAUAUACAUUUUCUUCACUGAAAAUUUAACCGUGUUUCUCCAUGAGCACCUGAGAGCUGGUGAAGAGAGACGAUUCACUAAGAGAUAAAAAAAAAAAAAAAAAGAAAUCCAUUUGUAGUAAUUUUCCCCAUUAACUACCUUUGCUUUUUUUUUUUUUUAAGGCACUUUUAAUCAAUUCUUUUUAGGACUCAUGUCUAAGGGUUUGUACCAGUGCUGCUGACUUGCAUUUUCAUUGGAGAGGAAAUCUGGAUCUUUACAUAUCCUGUGGUUUGAAAGUGCUUUUGAUUUUUUUUUAUUAUUUUUUAAUCCUCUGAGAGAAUAAGGCACUUGCCAGUACUUACAACGUUGUCACCUCAUAUGAUUUUUCAUAUCACUUGCAAGGAAACUAUGGAAUGGCACGUAUUUGGGGUGAAUAGAAGAAUUUUAAUAGCUGUUUCAAAUAAAUAUAUACUGUGGAUAGGCGUGUAAAUCUCUUGUCUUGGGAUCAGAGCCCAAGAAAUGGAGUCCUUAACUAUUUGUGAAUUUUAGUGGAAUAUAUUGAAUUCUCAUGCCCCACCUUCAAAAUUAUUAGAAUAUAUCAUGCUCAAUAGCACUCUUGUUACAGUGCCUUUGUUUGAG